GCGCCCCUGGUUGCCCCUGGAAACCCAACAGCCGGCGUCCGGGAUCGGUAGUGCCUGCGGAGCUGGAGAAGGAUGGACGGCCUCUCCGAGCACCCUGGGGACCCCGAGGCGGAAGACGGAGAUGUGGCGAGCCUGUCCUCGAAGCUGUCCGGGGUCAAGGCCAUCUCAGGCCUCCAGUCCCCGGCCGAACCGCCGGAGCCGGAGCCGGAGCCGGAGUCGCAACCGGAGCAGGGGACCGUAGAGGCUUCGGCAGGAGGCGCCGCCGAGGAUGAGCCCGCCGAGCCCCGGGAAGGGCCGGCGGCCACCGAGGCUGGGGGCGAGGCGGAGCCCGGAGAGCCGGAGCGGCCGGCCGAGCUCGCGCCCGAGCCGGGACCCGAGCCCCCGGAGCCGGCUGAGGCCGGGCCUGAGGAGACAGCCCAGCCGGGGCCUGAAGACGGGCUCGCGGAACCGGAGGAGCAGGCGGAGGCAGAGACGGAGGAGGAGGGGGACAGGGAGGUGGACGAGGAGGAGGAGGAGGAGGAGGAGGAGGAGGAGGAAGAGGAGGAGAAGGAAAGAGAGAAGGUGGCGGCAGCGGCGGUCCAGCGCAGGAGGAAGGAAGCCCCGUCGCAGGUCUCUCUGCCUCUGUCCACCACCGGCCGGGAAGAGGCUGUGUCAGCUCGGGAGGCCGAGAGGGGGGAGAGGGAGGGGGCGGAGAGCGAGGAAAUGGAGGAGCUGGCCCUGCUGAGAAGCCCGUGGAGAAGCCAGGUAAAGCUGAAAGACGAGGAGGAGGAGAGCCUCGACGAUGAGGACGGUGAAUGGACCGAAGAGGUGCAGAGGCUGCAGGAGCAGCAGCUGCGCGCUGAGCUCCUGCAACAGUACCAGUCGCUGGUGGCGGAGCGCGGCCACUACCAGCGCUACAACAUUUACCUGCAGCACAAGAUCUCCGAGGCGCUGCGCAAGAAGAAGGGCCCGGAUGCAGCCCCGGUGCCCGACAAGGGCCCGGAGCCCGAGCCCCCGGGGAAAGAGCAAGCGUACCUGCGCUAUCUGGCCAUGCUGGAGGAGCUGAGGAAGCAGCGGGCCGACGACCUGGACUGGUAUCACCAGGAGCUGGAGCAGCUGAAGCGGGAGGGCACGGAGGAGCUCGCCAGGGUGGAGAGGGAAUGGCGAGCCUUCCAGGCGCUCAAGAAGCAGGUGAUGGUGCAGGCCAUGGGCGGCUCCUGGACGAGGGGUGGUCGCCAGGCCGCCCUGCGGCAGGUGGAGCAGAUCCAGGCGCUGGAGGAUAAGAAGGAGAAGGAGAUGAGCGCCCUGAGGCUAGAGAACGUGCAGCUGAAACAGAGCUUGGUGCAUUUCGAGACCCGGAUGAGGGCCCAGGAGGACCUGACGGAGGGUCUGCUCCUCAUCGAUUUCGAACAGCUCAAGAUUGAGAACCAGACCCUCAAUGAAAAAGUCGAGGAGCGAAAUGAGGAACUUUUGAAACUGCGCAACAAGGUGACCCACAACGUGCAAAUCGUAACCCACGUGAAGGAAAAGCUACACUUUGUGGAUUUACAAAAUGCAUGCAAGAAGUCACAGCUUUUGGAGACUGAGGCUCAGGUAGCCCUAAGGAGGGACAUCUUGACCAAGACUAAGAAAGCCCGGGACGGCCUGAGGAUUGACAACAUCAAGUUGAACCAGAAGUGUGGGCUUCUGGGCAAGGAGCCACUCCUUUGCGACCUGGAAGACAAAGUGGACAAGGCAAAACUGCUCAGGCAGCGUCUGGAAUCCCUGAAGCGCCACCACGCCAGGCUCGUUAUGUCCUGCAGAGGCGUGAAGCAGAAGAUGCGGGAAGCCAAAGCCUUUCUCCCAUCUUAACGCACACGACGAUGGGAAGGGCCGGCAGAGCGCCUUCCAUCUCAGCGACUCUUCUCCCUCGUGAAAUCCGAUUCUCCACUCGUGGCCAUCUUUAAAAGGCCUACAAUAUUGGGAAUGGAGCUGUAUUUUGUAUCGACCUCAUCAUUUUUCAGCUUCCAAGUCCGUCCUGAGAGCAAAAUUGGGUUAACAGUCGGUUUUACGUGGCGUUAACUAAAACAGGCCCAGAGAAACAAACACCGGGGAUGGCUCGAUGUCUCGAACGUCUCACAAGAAGCUGUCUUUUAAAAAGCCUUUCCUUUCCUGAGAAAUUCCAUAAUUUCAAUGCCCCAAUCCCGAGGAAAAUGGUUCCUCCUCCGCGUGUGGGAGGAUCUGACAAAUAGGCAGGGGACCAAGAAAUUUCCUGUGCACGCCAAUUAUUAAAUCCCCUUCGAAUUUUUAAAA